AUGCCGGCCAAACAAAAGCAGCCAGUCUACGUGCUGGGCGUGGGCAUGACCAAGUUCGUCAAGCCCCGCGGCAAGGUCGACUACACGGAACUUGGUUUCGAAGCUGGCGUGAAGGCCAUGCUCGACGCCCAGAUCAACUACGAUGACGUUGAACAAGGUAUCGCUUGCUACUGCUACGGCGACUCAACCUGUGGGCAGCGAGUCUUCUACCAGUUCGGCAUGACCCAAAUACCCAUCGUCAAUGUCAACAACAACUGCUCAACCGGCUCCACCGGCUUGAACAUGGCGCGGACUACCAUCGCCUAUGGUGGUGCAGACUGUAUCAUGGUUGUCGGCUUCGAGCAGAUGAUGCGCGGAAGUCUCCAGAGCUUCUUCAACGACAGGGAGAACCCGACUGGCACCAGCGCCAUGAUGAUGGCUGAGACCCGAGGCUUCACCAACGCCCCCGGUGCCGCUCAGAUGUUCGGAAACGCCGGAAGGGAAUACAUGGAGAAGUAUGGCGCCAAGCUGGAGGACUUUGCAGAAAUCGGUCGCGUCAACCACGAGCACUCUGUUCGCAACCCCUACUCGCAGUUCCAGGACGUCUACACCCUGGACCAGAUCAUGAAAGCUCCAAUGAUUCACGAGCCGCUCACCAAGCUUCAAUGCUGUCCUACCUCGGAUGGAGGUGCCGCGGCUGUCUUGGUCUCACAAGACUUCCUCGACGCCAGGCCACACCUCAAAGACCAGGCCAUCCUGAUCGCCGGGCAGUGCCUCGCCACGGAUGCGCCAAGUCUCUUCUCGAAGAGUGCGAUCGACCUGAUGGGCUUCGAAAUGACCAAGUACGCCGCCCAGACCGCCCUGGCUGAGGCCAAGGUAUCACCUAAGGAUGUCCAAGUCUGUGAGCUCCACGACUGCUUCUCGGCUAACGAGAUGAUCACCAUCGAUGCCCUAGGGUUAUCCGAGCCUGGCAAGGCGCAUGAGAUGGUUCGCAAGGGCGACAUCACUUACGGUGGAGAGAUGGUCAUCAACCCGUCUGGCGGACUCAUCUCCAAGGGCCACCCCCUUGGUGCCACCGGCAUCGCACAGUGUGCCGAGCUGGUCUGGCACCUGCGAGGAUGGGCCAACAACAGAGCUGUACCGAGCACCAAGUACGCCCUACAGCAUAACCUCGGCCUGGGCGGAGCCGCCGUUGUCACGGUAUACUGCCGUCCCGACAGAAGCGAGGCGCCCAAGGUAGACACGGCAACCAUUGGAAAGAAGAACAAUCUGGGAUAUAACCCGGCCGUUGAAGCAAAGGGCUUCACGGCGGCGCAAUGCAAGGCCGUCCUCAGCAGGACCAAGACCAGUGCCUGGGCGAUGCAGGAUACGCAGAAGAAGGUGGAGGCAAGGUUUUAA